AUGUCUUGCGUUGCAUCUGAGACACCUUCCUUCUGCUACUCUGGGCCAUUAAAUAAUGAGGACGUUUGUCAAGCUAUUUCCACUUUCAGGUGUAUUGUACAGUCAUGUUACGGCCCAUUUGGUAGACUAAAGCUGAUUCACAAUGCCAUGGGAGGUUACGUUCAAACCACAUCACAAUCUUCUGCCCUGCUGCGUAGCGUCUCUGUGUCCCACCCAGUGGUAAAGUGGCUAAUCACCUCGGUCUCCAGACAUGUUUCCCAAUUUAGUGAUUCUGGACUGUUCACAGCUGUCCUCUGUUGCAAUUUGAUUGAAAAGGCAAAGCGAUGUAAUAUAACAGGCAGCCGAAUUGUUAGGAUACAGAGCCACCUUCUGAAUAUGUGCAUUGACUACCUGAAUUCCGAGGAAUGUAGCUGCAGAAUACAGAUUGAUUUUAGUCACAGCAAGGCUUUGCUGUCUCUUGUCCGCACAGUAAUAACAAGUAAACCUACUUGCAUGCUGACCGUAAAAGAGGCAGACUACGUCAGUUCCCUGAUAUUGAAGGCUUUCCUUCACACAGUGCCCUCUGUCAUUGGAGAGGACGUGUCCUUGGGACAGACGCUGAUCGUUUCUGCUGAGGGACAAAGAGUUAGUGACUCCCGUGUGUUUCCUGGGCUCUUGAUCCAAAUAUCCAUUUCGCAUUCCAGAACAAUUCAAUUCGCAAAGAGGACUUUGGGCCCCUUUAAAGUCGCCCUGUUCGAUGUCUCCAUGUCAGGAGAGGUGGUCGACUCUGGAAUUGGAACCUGGGUGGUAGAAUCGGGUUCGUGCCUGGAAGAUUGGUCCCUCACACAGCUGAUGCGAGUUGGGAAGCAGUUAGCUCGUGAUCAGGUUGGCCUUGUGCUCUGUCAGAAGGUGAUCCAUCCAAUCCUUAAACAGUAUCUCUGGGAGCAAGACGUGAUGGUGGAAGAUCGACUGGGAGCUGCUCUGGUGGAACCUUUGACCAAAAUGACAGGUGCAGAAUCCAUUAGUUCAUAUCAGCGAUCCAUUCCAGCCAACUGCUACGGCAAACUGAAAAGUUGGUGUGUUGUCAAGUUUGGUUCCAAACAGUUUCUGCAUCUGAUACCUGUUGACGACAGCCCUGUGUGUAGUCUGUUGCUGUGUAAUCGGAGUGAAGCUGGAUUAAAUGAGCUGAAGGUUGUUUGUCAGACUGCAGAACACGUACUGAGACUUACACUCAAGCAGCCCCUGGGCUUACUGGGAGGUGGUUGCACUGAAGCUCAUCUGACCACCUACGUCAGGCAUAAGAGCUGCUGUGUGCCUGACGACGCGUUGGCGGAGCUGGGCUGUUCUCGAGCACAGUACAGAGUCGUCGCUGACUGUUUCUGCCGCUCGCUGGAUCACACAACUUCGUGCCUAGAGCACGAUGGUGGUGAGAGUCUUGUCGACUCCGAGUACGGUCAUCGUUGGUCAGUCCCGCUCCAAACGCCCCUGGGCACUGACUGGUCACAGGUCGUUUCCAACUGUGCUUGCGGACUGCACGGCAGCCACCAAGAUCUGCUGUGGACCCUGUUGAGGAAUCGUAGCGAAGUGGUUAACAAGGGGAUGGGCUCUGCCAAACCCUGCACAGGAGUUUUACCAGACCGGUUCCUGCUUGAUUCGUUUCCUGUCAAACUGAAUGCUUUACAAGUGGCGGUGGAGACGGCCAACGUAAUCUUGCAGCUGCAAUACGUCAUCCAGGCCCACAACUGAAUUCCUGCUCCUGAGGAAAGAGUGUCCUUUAUCACAACCUCACACACGCUCAUCACACUUCAUCCCUUCAAUGCCAACAAGAGAAUCUCAUGUGCUUUGUGUGAACAUUUCAUUUUGUAUUGAUUCAUCCUCAUCACAUUGAUUUUUUGAUUUUUGCUGAGGCGUCUGUCUGACACAUGUGGAAACCC